AUGAAGCUUUUCACCACUAUCCUCGCUCUUGCCAAUGGCGCCCACCACGAAGCCAUUGCCCAGCUGGCCUCGAUGUCCAACAGCAACCCGGCCCCAGCUCAAAACAACAACAUGAACUUCAACAGCCAAGCUCACCAACAACAAAACCACCAUCAACAGCAGCAGCAGCAAUUUCAGCAAACGAGCCAGCAAAACUUGAAAAACCCAAGUGCGAGCGGCAACUACGGAGCUUACGGAAGCCCAGUUUAUGCCACGCCACUCAAGUGCUGGACUUGCGAUGCUGAUAGCUUUGAGCUUUGCGGAACUUCUGGACGAGAAGUUAUGUGCCAAGCCAACGAAAAAUCCUGCGAGCUCGAAAUCCGCCAGCGCCAAGGAGUGAUCAUGCAAAUCCGCACCGGCUGCAAAUCGACCGACGCUUGCAAAAACAACAUGAACAAUAACUUCCGCAACCCUAACCCCCACUACACGCAGUGCCGACCUGAGGCGGGCUACACUCAUUCCGUUUGCCGGCAAUGUUGCGACUCGGACAAUUGCGUCAAAGAACCCGAAUGGUGGUACCCAACUACUCGAGUGGAAUGGGCGUACACUGGUGAGGAGACUUACCCGGCUACUGGCUACUAA